AUGACAACAGAAAAGCAACAUCCGAUGUUGUUCGAUGAUUCGACGCUGAUUUGGAAGUGGAAAUGUCGAAGACGGAACUGGGAUAAGGAGAUGAUCAAUUCUGAGGAGUGGGGUGGGGUUGAGGUGCUGGUCGACCCGUUGAGGGCGAAUAGUCGACGUUCAAGACACUUAGACACCCAACAAAAGCAGCAUCUGAUUAGAAGAACAUCACCUGAGAUCGUCAUCAAAACUGAGACUGAUGACGGUACAGAGCCAGAGUUUUUGGAUCCGUUGGGCGCAUAUCGCGAAGAACAGUCCGAGACGAAUCCAACCACAAAAAUCGAUCCACUCUCAGUGCAGUCUGAUAAGGCUGAACCUCAGUUACCAAAUACAUUAGCGAUUGAAGAAGAGGAAUAUCUCGCAAAAGAAACGAUAUUGCCCGGCUUCGAGCCGUGGUCAACACACCGCAGAAGGAUUCUGCAAGAAUUUACAACUAACGAGAAAUUAUCGAUCACUUCGAGUUUUUUACCGAAUGGUGUUCCGCUGAGCACGAAAAUUGUGAUUGCGGAUCGAGCUGCGCAUAGAUUAGAACAGCUCAAUGACACAUCAGGACUGAAGAAAUUGGCGGACUUAUCGCAGGAGGAGUACGUUCGGAAUGUGAAUGAACUGAGGAAGAGACUCUUAAUUGCAUGGGCGAAUGAGAAGAAGGUUGAAUCUGUACAGAUCAUCGUAGAGCUCUCGCGAAUACUAUCGUCAACUGCAGCACCGCAGUUCUACCCGUCACAGUUCGUGUUAGUAACGGAUAUACUGGACAUUUUCGGUGAUUUAGUUUACGAGCGCUUAUUCAAUAAGGCAAAUAAAGAACGAUCAGAAGCCGCAGCCGGAAGUUUACCGAAGCACUUCACGCAUACGGAUGUGCCGUUGACGACUCGUGAAACAGCGAAGAAUUGGUUUUGUAAAAUACAAGAAAUUUUGGAGUUAUUGCCGAGAUUUUAUGUGGAGACAUCAAUCAUAGGAUGUAUUCGCUUUUUGGACACGGAUUCGUUGGCUGCGAAUCUGCAUCGGCUAUGCGGAAUGACGUUGUCGAUACAGCACCCGUUGAUUGCGUCCUAUGCGCGAUCGUACAUCUGCAGGGUGGCCAUGAGACUUCUGCCGGCCGAUAGGGCACCGCACUGGAAAUGCCUGAACGAUUGGAUGCAGUCUUUCGAGACACAGCCGCAGUUCCCGUCACUAAUCGACCUGUUCCGUAACAAUUCGGCCUCUUACCAGCAAUGUGCAAAUGCCAUUCUAUCGGCAUUUGUUCGUCAACAUCCGAUGCGAUUUUCGAGCAAUUUUCAGUUCGCCAAUCAGAUGUUGCAAUUGUGUAAAGUGAUGCACGAUUCGUUGUCGACCAGCUCGACAGAUCAAGAUGUUCGAAUGGUGUCGUUACUGAUCGAGCGAGCCUUGGACAGAUUCGAUUUCGAUUCGGAUCCGGAGAGAGCGAUCGACUUUUUUGUGGAUUGUCGUGCGGCAUUGAGUAAUAUCGACUCACUGGUGGCGUGGUGUGUGUCGCGGGUGUGUGCCCUCGGCUAUACACUCGUGGAACGUCGUUCCCAGUCGCGGUCCGUCUCCUCGUUCACACGUGCCCUCAUCGCGAAUGCAUUCAUCACAAUCGCAUCCCUCUCCAAUCCACUUCACAAACUCCAACUUUACCUACAAACCGCACUACUUACACUGCUCGUGAAUUCAUUACCCCAGAUGGAUGCCAUUAUGAAGUGUUGUAUAGAGGUGCUAGCCUCGUGUCAAGCCGUUCCGGUCCAGGAGUACCGCAGAAUGACGUCGUCUUUCCUCGCAUUCCUCGUGUUCGUUCCGGAUUCACCAAAAAAAGCACCACUCUAUAUGUUCAACGCAUUCAUGAACGCUACUGCAAGGUAUCCGUGGGGUGAUGAGGUGCUAGAGCGCGCUCGCUUGUUCAUUGACUGCCUACGGUAUCUGUCGAGCGUAUGCCAAGCAGAGCUACCGUAUCAUAUUGGAAACAGCCAAUCAAACGACACCAUUUACGGUAGCAGUGCUGCAUUUUUGGAUGUGAUCGAUGAGAAGUGUGAUACGGUAAUCGGUCAAUUGGAAGAAUUGUACAAUGGCGAUACGAGUAAAUCAGUUAUAUUAGCGUUGGAAUUGCUGGAAUUCAUUGUGGAUUUUGGUGAUAUUAAAGUGGUAAGUGAGUAG